AUGGAGACACCACCCUGCUAUGCCUACAACUAUCGUGAAUCCGAUGGUUUAUGCCAGCUGGUUCUCAAGGGGAAGAGUGACCUUGUGGAAGAUAACGGAUUUACAUCCUACGUUCAGAGUACACCAGUGUAUAAGUAUCCAGAAUGCCGAUUGACAGAGAAGGGAAGAGAAUACAUCGGGAAGGUGAGUAAGACGAAAUCAGGAAAAGAGUGUCUGAGAUGGGACAUUCAGCCAUACGGAACGCCCGAUGAUUUUCUCAAAGAAGUCAUGUAUUCUAACCACUUCUUCAACCUUGAUACCUUGUCUCAGAAGAACUACUGCCGCAACCCAUCCGGAAGGGAGAGGCCAUGGUGUUUCGUAAGGGGAGAUGCUUAA